AGGGCGGCGACAUGGAGGCGCUGGUGCUCCGGGUAGGCGACAUGGAGAAGGAGCACGCCACCGGCCUGCAGGACCUGGGGGAGCUCUUCCUGGGCGAGCUGGCGGGCCUGAGGGCCAGCACGGAGACGAGCAGUGCCGGCUGCUCCUCGGGGAGCUGCAGGAGGAGCGGGAGACCCGCAGCAGGGAGUUCAUGGAAUUCCGCGAGGCGCUCUGCUCGCUGAGCGCCUGAAUGCGGGGCGAUGCCCCCCUGCCGACGCGGACUCCCUCGGGGGGGCCCGUCGUUGCGCGCGGAGGCGGCCCGCUCGGAUGGGCACCGCCGCACGCUGAGUGCGGUCGACGACGACGACGACGACGACCAGCCUCGUUCUUUUUGCGGGGUGCUCGCGCACGCGCGCCUCGCCGGAAUUGGUGCUCGCGCCGAGAUCUGGUCGCUCGGAGGACGGAGGAUCGAGGCGCCGUCUGGGCGUUUUUGUUGGGGUUUUGCCAAGGCGGAGGGGGGAGGAGUGGGCCACUGCCCAGCAGGGCUGGUCCAGCCGAGGACCCGAUGAACUGCUUGGCGCGGCACGCCUGUGGCGUAGAAAUUUGCUCUGUGCACGGUGGACGGCUGGGCCGCGCCACGAAUGGCCGCAGAAUUCGGUGCAGGCUCCGAGCGGGAGGAGAUCCUGGCGCGUCCGCGCCUCCAGUGGGGGGCGAGGGCAAGAAGGUCGUCUUCCACGAUCUGGCCGCCGGCGCGGGCGUGGUCGGGACCGGGGCUCAUCGGCAGCGCGCCGCCGCCCUGCUCGGGUGCCUCUUCGAGCGGGGCAGCAUGUCCUCGCUACGAAUGGUGUGUUUUUUAGAGGUGCGGUCUAUCGACAAUUCGAGGCGAGGGCUCGGAUCUGCACGUCUGCUGCAUGCUCUGCAGAGCAUUCGCAGAGAAGGGCGCCGCAG